AUGUGGAAAAACAAAAGAAUAUUUAAAAGGUUCUUUCUUCUUCAUAUCCUUCUGCUAUUAUUGCUGUUGCAACUCGUUAGUGCAGAGGAAAGCACUAUAAAGAGUGAUGAAUCAAUAUCAACAGUAGUAGCAGAACAAGCGACCUCAACAGAAGGAGGAAAAGAAGUAGAGGAAAUAAAAGAAAGAGAAGAUCUUUCAAAAAAGAAUGAACGAAGUCCUCUCCAAAAAUGGCUUAAUGCAGAAUGGUCGCAGAAACAUGAAGUUCCAUUUCGUUGGUUUGUGCAACAACAUCAUUAUGUGCAUAACUCAUCACUUGAUAGUAUCAGUGAGGAAACUCGACGACGAUUACAUAAACGUUUUCCUGCAGCACAUAUGGCUGCAUUUUCAGAGACGACAGGGCGGUCAUCAUCAUCAUCAUCAUCAUCAUCAUCAUCAUCAUCAUUAUCAUCAUCGUCUGGUAAUGGUCGUUAUCUUAUUGUGAGAUUGGAUAAACUUAGUAGAGAAGAACGUCGAAAAGCACGACAUGCAUUAACUGUUAAUAGUAAAAGGGAUGCUCACAUGAUAGACGAUUUGCAUAUGCUUGUAUAUGUUGAUACUCCACAUGCUAUUCAAGUUCAUUCUGCAAUAGAAGCAGAUGAAAGUACGGCAUUAUCCUUUUCAUCCAUGACAGUUUUGGAUGUUUACUCAACAUCUCCUGGAGCGCGAUUGAAACUUUCUCGUGUAAUUCGUACUGCUAUAAGUCGUUGUAAGGGUUUUACAAGUACUUCAGGGGUUGGUGUUGAUGGUGAAAAUAAUGAUGAUGAUAGUUCUAGUUCUAGUAGUAGUAGUAGUUUUAGUAGUAGUGAGAGAGAUAUAAGGAUGAAUUCGGGUUUAUCACGACAACGACUUGCUUUUGAUGUGCGUACAGCUUUUGGAAGAGAGAAAGUUGUGGAAGAGGCACUGCGUGGAGUACAAUUUAAUAAACUACCUAAAAUAGCAGAAACAGAUGCAUUAGCAGAAUGCCAGUGGUCCAUCGUUUCAGCUAUUAAUGGUAAAGGGUUGGUUCGAUGGAUAUUAAAGUUUUCCCCUGAGAAGCCAAAGGAAACAGAUAAUAUCAUAUGCCGUUGUGUUUCUUUUAUUAAUGCCGUAACUCAACAUCCUGCCGUACGUUGGAUGGAAAUUGCUUUUGAGUUUGCUACCCCAGUAAAUGAUCAUGUCACUGCUCUUGUUCAAUCAGGGAAACAAAAAGAAACGAGACCUUUACGUCCUCUUUGGGAUGUAGGUAUUGAUGGUAAGGGUGAAAUUAUUGGGGUUGCAGAUAGUGGGAUAGAUUAUGAUAGCUGUUUUUUCAAUGAUGAUAAGGAAAAGGUUGCUAUUUAUCCUGAUAUAAACAUGCAUCAUCGUAAGGUGGUAUCUUUUGCCCCUUGUGAUCUUAUUCCUGGUGAUUAUUUCAUUGGGGAUCGAGUAGGAGGACAUGGCACACACGUGGCAGGAACUGCAGCCGGUGAAGUGAUUGGGAAAGGGAAUAAUUAUAAAUAUAAUGGUGUUGCCAAGGGAGCAAAGAUAUUCUUUAUGGGUCUUGGAUGCCCAAAGGAAGAAAUGUUAACACUUCCUGUUGAUAUUAUUGAUGUGUUUCGUCCAGGUUAUAAAGUAGGGGCACGCGUUUUUUCUAAUUCAUGGGGAUUUUAUGCCCCAUCUGAGUAUACGGCGGUGGAGAAAUCAAUAGAUGAUUAUCUAAAUACGAGAGAUGAUGCCCUUUUUAUUUUCGCCUCUGGUAAUGUUCCUAGAUCUGGAUUACUAACACCCUGUAGAUCUAAAAAUAUGCUUUGUAUUGGAGCUCAUAUGAAUACAUUUGAUAUAAGAAAGAUGAAUAAUAUUGCACGAUUUUCAGCAUUUGGACCAACUUAUGAUGGAAGACAAAAACCAGAUAUUGUGGCUCCUGGUGAGUGGAUUACUUCUGCAGACUCAGAUGGAAAUGUUUCUACAAAACAAUGUACGGUGGAUACAAAAAGAGGAACUUCUAUGGCUACGGCGGCGGCUGCAGGAACUGUUGUAUUAAUACGACAUCAUCUUCGAACUAUUGAAAAUAUUCUCUCUCCUUCUAUUUCUUUACUAAAGGCAUUGGCCAUUCAUUCUACAGUAUAUUUAAAUGAUCCACGAAAGAGUGGUUUUGGUCGACUUGAUUUAUCUGUCUUCUUUACUCCUACUGGUGUAAAGGGAUGGUUUAAGGACAGAGAAUCUGUUACCCACCAUGGUAGUAAAGUCUAUUGUUUUACCGUAAGCAAUAAAACGAAAGAUAAAGGUGAUUCCUUACGUAUUACAUUAGUUUGGACAGAUGUUGGAACUGCUAUAGAAGGUUCUACACGCUCUGUUGUGAAUAAUCUUGACCUUAUGGUAGUGGAUUCUACAGGAGUUAUUCACUAUGCAGGUGGAAAUGGUGUAGAUAACACAAAUGUUGUGGAGCAAAUUCGUCUACCAUUAUCAAAUGCGUUAAUGGAUGGAUUUCGUAUUAUUGUAUAUGGUGGUGAAGUACAUGAUGGGAAACCACAAUUAUAUGCUAUUGCAGCUUCUGGACCAGAUUUAAAAUAUCUUGAAGAUUGUUCUACUCUUUCUUCUACUAUUUGUGCAAAUAAUUGUACUGGAAAUGGAAAAUGUAAUCAAGGUCUUUGUCAAUGUUCUUCUGGAUAUCGAUUUGUGGAUUGUUCUUUAUGUGAUGAAGAACUUCUUUGUAAUGGUCAUGGUACAUGUUCCGCUAAAGAUUUAAAAUGUAAAUGUGAUAAUGAUAACUUUGCCGAUGGUUCUUGUUUAACCUGUAAAAAAGGAUGGUAUGGUCCUUCAUGUUCUUCCAAUUGCACUUGUAGUGGUAGAGGUAAGUGUGAUACAAAGACGGGUGAAUGUACAUGUCCACAAGAUAAGAAGUAUGGUGGUAAAGGAUGUUAUUCAGGUCCUAACUGUGAGUAUUGUUGUAGAGAUUUCUUUGGGGAUAAUUGCUCUAUGCGGAGUUAUUGGUGUCGUGAGGAUGGAAUGCCAGUUGAUGUGAAUGAUAGUGCUGGUGGAUAUAUACAAGUAAAUGGAUAUGGAUCUUAUCCACCAAUGUUAACAUGUCGGUGGGUUAUUGAAGCUCCAAGAUCACGUAAAGUAAAACUGGAAUAUCUUAAAUUUAAUAUAGAAGACCCAACAGAUGUUUUAUUACUCUAUGAUGUAGAUUCCGAAGAGGCAACACCACUACGUACGGAUUCUGGUACUGCCGCUAAAGGUGUUGUUGUGGUUUCAACAACAAAUAUUCUUUCUAUUGCUUUUGCCUCACGCUGGUCACGUAUGCGUGAGGGAUUUCUUCUUCGGUAUAGUUUUAUACGACCGGUGAAUCCAAAUUGUACAACUCCUUGUGUUGAGAAUGCACUGUGUAAAUUGGUAAAUGGAGGUUUCUGCGCUUGUGAUCUCGGUUGGGUGGGUUGGGGAUGUACGAGAGAAGUACCAGAGAAUACCACACGGACGAAAUUAAUAGCUGAUACUCCUCGUGGGGCUACACGUGUGAAUUUUAUUAUAAAUGAUGAAAUCCCACUUACACUGGAUAAUGUAUCGUUUGUAGAACACGAUGUGUUUUUAUUUAUAGCCUUUUCAGAUGAAUUUCUUAAUAAAUACGUUUCAAGAGGGAUAGCACUUCGGGCAACAACGUUUAGUACAUCCCCUUCUGAGGGACGUCGUCCAAAACUGGAGGAAAUGAUAGUAAUUAAUAAAACUUGUAAAUAUGCCCAAAUUGGGCUUGGUCAAGGAGGUGGAGGGGGAUUAAAUGUUACGCUUUCUAUUCUUCAAAAUGCCUCUUUAAAAUCCUCUACAACUGGAAAGGAGAAAUUCAGUGCAAGACUUUACGUUUUAAAUAAUGCAUCCAUCAAGAAAAGUGAAGAUGACUAUGAUGCUUAUGGUGGAAGAUAUGAGGUAUUUAACUCUUUGUUACUCUCCUGCAGUGGAAUAAAACCCGAUGCAUUCCCCUCGAUAGAUGCUAAUGAAACGGAAGAAGAAGAAGAAAAAAAAGAAGAAAAAAAUAAUGUUCCUCCUUCCACACGUGCUGGUUCUCUAGCAACAUUUGUUGCUAUCUUCUUUCUGGGUAUUGGUCUUACUGUGGUUAUUACACUCUUCUGCCUCCAGUUUAAACGAAGACGGGAGAUGUACGCUAUGGGAGCCAUUCCCUCUGAAGAGGUGGUCAUAGUUGCCGAUCCCCUUGCAGCAGAUGCCGCAUCGGAGAGUCUCGGACUGCAGAAUGACGAUAGUACCGCUGGUGGUGGUGUUGGGAGUAGUGGUAUUAACAAUAAUAAUGAUAAUAUCAACAAUGGUGUGGAUCUACUUCCUCUCGGAGCGACUGGAGUACAAUUAGACACGCAGGAAUCUGCAGAACAGGGAUCGGGGUUAAGGGGACGACGGAGAGGUCGAAGAAAUAAUAGGAAUAAUGUGCAUAUUCCAGCAGAUGAAGGUGACUCGGAUAAUGAAAUGACAGAAAAACGAGAUUGA